UGGUCACUUCCGCUGGGGCAGCUCUCUGCAUCCGGGUCAGCUGCUGCCGCUGCCGGUACCGCUCUUGCUGCCGCUGCUGCUGUGGCCGGGAAACUGGGCCCGGGUCUCCACCGCCGUCCGAGGGGAGCGGGCUCCGCUCGGCACUACCUUCUACGACCUGGCCGUCAGCCCCACGUCGCCGGCCUGGAGGGGCGAAGAAGACGAGGGAGCCAAGGCUUCCUCCGGGCCUAAUAUUGUUGGGCUUAGACAGGAAGUAUGACAGAUCCACUUCUGCAAACAUGGAACUUGAAGUACAUCACCAUAAGUCAGUACUGUUAUAAUCUUUAGGCAUUACAGGACCUUUGAAGGACAUUGGCUCUCUGGAUUCCCAGGAGUUUGUAGUUGACAUUGAAUCCAAGCUGAGAAUGGAAGGUGUGGAACUUAAGGAGGAAUGGCAAGAUGAAGAUUUUCCAAUACCUUUACCAGAAGAUGAUACUAUUGAAGCAGAUAUAUUAGCUGUAACUGGACCAGAGAGCCAGCCUGGCUCACUAGAAGUUAAUGGAAAUAAAGUAAGAAAGAAACUAAUGGCCCCAGACAUUAGCCUGACCCUGGAUCCUAGUGAUGGCUCUGUGUUGUCCGAUGAUUUGGAUGAAAGUGGGGAGAUUGACUUAGAUGACUUAGACACACCGUCAGAGAACAGUAAUGAAUUUGAGUGGGAAGAUGAUCUUCCAAAACCCAAAACUACUGAAGUUAUUAGGAAAGGCUCAAUUACUGAAUACACAUCAGCAGAGGAAAAAGAAGAUGGACGACGCUGGCGUAUGUUCAGAAUUGGAGAACAGGACCACAGGGUUGAUAUGAAGGCAAUUGAACCUUACAAAAAAGUUAUCAGCCAUGGAGGAUAUUAUGGGGAUGGAUUAAAUGCCAUUGUUGUGUUUGCUGUCUGUUUUAUGCCUGAAAGUGGUCAACCUAACUAUAGGUACCUGAUGGACAAUCUCUUUAAAUAUGUUAUUGGCACUUUGGAGCUGUUAGUAGCAGAAAACUACAUGAUAGUUUAUUUAAAUGGUGCAACAACUCGAAGAAAAAUGCCCAGUCUGGGAUGGCUCAGGAAAUGCUAUCAGCAAAUUGAUAGAAGGUUACGGAAAAAUCUAAAAUCUCUAAUCAUUGUUCACCCCUCUUGGUUUAUCAGAACACUUCUGGCUGUUACAAGACCAUUUAUUAGCUCAAAAUUCAGCCAAAAAAUUAGAUACGUCUUUAAUUUGGCAGAACUAGCGGAACUUGUCCCCAUGGAAUAUGUUGGCAUACCAGAAUGCAUAAAACAGUAUGAAGAAGAAAAGUUAAAAAAGAAACAAAAAAGAGUUGAUCAAGAGCUUAAUGGAAAGCAAGAUGAACCGAAAAGUGAACAGACAUCAAUGCAAGCCUGAAUAAGAAAAACAAUUGCUUCCUCCUAAGCCAUGGCAUAUCAGUUAUACAGAAAUACCACUUUGGGAAACAGUCUUCAGGAGAGCCUCGAUGAGCUCAUACAG